AUGAAAACUCUUUUAUUAACUUCACUUUUGAUUCUUGGAUUCUUACAAACAGCUUUGGCUGUCAUAGGAUUUGAUGGUAUUCAACCACUGUCUGUUAGUACCUUACAAUGUCUUCAUAAAGAAGGAUAUCGCUUUUUCAUUGCUCGUGCUUGGGAAUCUUCGGGAAAUUACGAUUAUACUGGAAUACAAAACAUAAAAAACGCUAGAAAUGCUGGAUUUGAAUAUGUUGAUGCUUAUCUUUUCCCAUGUUUAUCUUCUGGAUGUGCUCAUGCUGCUAACCAAGUUGAAGCUACUAUUGAUAAACUUAAAUCAUCAGGAGCUAAAAUUGGUAUGUUGUGGCUUGAUAUUGAACGUUAUGCCUGGCCAGCUAAUUUAGCUUCUAAUAGAAACUUUAUUAGUGCUAUGGUUUCUAAAGCUCAAUCUAUGGGAGUUAAAGUUGGAAUUUAUUCAAACUAUUACAAUUGGCAGGCUAUUGUUGGUCUUGAUUAUACUAGUCACAGUAAUUUACCACUUUGGUGGGCUGAUUAUAAUGGACACCAAGAUUAUACUGGCUUCACACCAUUUGGAGGAUGGAGUAAACCAUCAAUUCACCAAUAUACCGGUGAUGUUAAUGGAGGAUGCGGAGUUGACUUAGAUCAAUCAUGGUACCCUUAA